AUGAACUUCGUCAUCAGCCCAUACGAAAAGACCGCUUUCGGGCCAAUUUUUACUACAGCAGAAGAUACCAGUCCCUAUCUCGCAGUGGAUAAUGGAAUGGAUUCCUUCAUUUCUCUCACUCCCCAGUCUCCUCUAGCGGAAUCAACCUUUGUCCCGGUGCAGUCGACCUACCCCUCCCUGUUCCGGCCAAGUGCAGAACGGCCUCAUUUCUCCGUCUCAUACAAGUGGUGGGAGGAUGAAGCUACGACUGUUCUCUGGGCAUUCGAUGCUGGGGAGAUUCAACGGGUGAUUCGAUACGGACUAUUUCCGGAUGAGAAUCUCCCGCGUACGGCUCUGCAGAGUCGGAAUGAGAGUACUGUUGACAGCUUUCUAUUCACGCUUGUACAGCCACAUGAAAGGCCAUUUAUUGCCAAUCUGUCGCAUGUCCAGAAGGUCGAGGAGAUCCUGCGGCGAUCCAAGGGCACGAGCCCAGCGCUUGUCCCCUGGAGCUGGUUUCCGUCGGUGAUGAGCCGUGAGCAGGAUCCGGAGGCUAUUGCCAAAGCAAUUGAUGCUGAGAGUCGGUUGCAUUUUACUCGAAUUCCUUUUGAGGAGUGGGUGCGGUACUCGUUAGGUUACCGGUCUACUUUGGUCGAUUCAUUUUUGGAGGAGCAUACGAAACUCUUCCAUCACCUCCUACACUACUUUGAUGGGUUACCAGAGGAGCUUAAAAGGUAUGCUGAGGUUGAAAAGCAUUUGCGAAAGCGGAGCCCGUUUGCUCAUCGGGCUUUGGUGCAAUCCUUGCUCACCGUGCAGUCUGGUGGAGAGCAGCGGCCUCCAUUGAGCCCGGUGCCUGGAUUCGACUUCGUCGCAGGCCCAAUUCAGCGCCUUUUCAAAGAACAUCCCCCAAGCCUAACGGCCAUUCUGAAGGUGCUCUGUGUUCUAGAGGUCAGGUUCCGAAGUAUGUAUCUGCACAUUCCUGAAAUGGACUGGAAUGAGAGCUUCGACACCACCGUUACUUUCUUCGAGGACGUGCUUGCCUCGACUUCGGCGGUUGACUUGGCUCGCACGUUGACCACUACCGACGAGGGCCACUUUUCCGAACUGGAUGAGCAAGGCCUCAUGACAGAGGGCCCUGUGGCGCGGCAAAUUAUCGUGGAAUGGCACAAGCUGAGCAUGGCAGUUUGGGAAGCAUGUUCCGCAUUGCCGGACUUGAUAGCAUAUAUCCAAGAAUGUGUACAGGCUCUCUUCCUCAUUCGAAACUACCAUUCGUUAACGGCGAUGCUGAACGGUCUCCAAAAAUACAGCAUCUUGGCUAUGACAUUCAACAACGUGAACAGCAUCACAGGCACGGUGACCCUGGGUCCCGUCCUUCCAGCUGACCUAUUCUACCUCCUGAACCCAUUCCACAACUACCUCGCGUACCGGCAACAAUUCCACGAGGCCCCGGGAAUUCCUUUCCUCCUGCCUCAUAUCAGAGAAUUCAAGCAACACGGCCAGGGCGUACUACGCCAGUUGUUCCAGGAGAUUCAGAUCCCUCUUCCUUGA